ACAACUUUACCCCUGCCACUACACUGCCACUACCGUUUCCUUUCCCACUUCUUCGCUGACAUCUAAAUUUUAAAUUCAAACUGCUGCUACAAUUCUACGAUUCAGAGCUAUUAGGUCUAAAACCCCUCAUUUCAAUUCAAUCUCCGCCUCUUAUGAAGAGUGAUUUGGAAGAGCGGGUGGCAAGGAUGGAGCUGAAAGGGAGUCCGGUGGAUCACGGCUACUACAUGCCCGCCGAGUGGGCCCCUCACUCGCGCUGCUGGAUCGGCUGGCCUGAACGGCCAGACAAUUGGCGUGAUAAUGCCGUGCAUGCUCAACGCGUCUUUACUAAAGUGGCAACUGCAAUUUCAAGAUUUGAACCAGUUACUGUAUGUGCCAGUUCUGUGCAGUGGAAGAAUGCACGUAGUCACUUGCCGGAACAUAUCAGGGUGGUUGAGAUGAGCAUGAAUGACUCUUGGCUUCGUGACUCCGGCCCAACGUUUGUUAUCAGAAAUAGUGUCUCAGAUAAAGAGAAGUUAGGCAGCAAGGUUGCAGGAAUUGACUGGAACUUCAAUGGCUAUGGUGGCAUGGAUGAAGGUUGUUAUGAUGAUUGGAGCCUUGACUUACUUAUUGCUCAUAAGGUUCUGGAAAUUGAAAAUGUUCCAAGGUUUUCUCAUUCUAUGAUUCUUGAGGGUGGAAGCAUUCAUGUUGAUGGAGAAGGGACUUGCCUUACAACAGAAGAGUGCCUACUGAAUAAAAAUAGAAACCCUGGUUUAUCCAAGGGACAAAUUGAAGAUGAGCUUAAAGCAUACCUUGGAGUGAACAAGGUCAUCUGGCUGCCUCGUGGUUUGCUUGGUGAUGAUGACACUAACGGGCACAUCGAUAGCAUGUGCUGUUUUGCGAGGCCUGGUGUAGUUUUAUUGGCAUGGACUGAUGAUACGUCUGACCCCCAAUACGAACGAUCGGUGGAAGCUCUUUCUGUCCUAACCAGUGAAGUCGAUGCCAAAGGUAGAAAAUUCGAUAUCAUCAAACUUCAUGUGCCAGGACCACUCUAUUUGACAGAUGAGGAGGCUAAUGGACUACAGCAGGGCGAUGCUAAAGCAAGACUUCCUGGCACGAGACUUGCGGCCUCAUAUGUAAACUUCUAUAUUGCCAACAGAGCAAUUAUCACCCCUCAAUUUGGUGAUAAGACGUGGGAUGAUGAAGCUGUUCGCGUCUUGUCUUUGGCCUUUCCAGAUUAUGAGAUUGUCAGACUCGAAGAUGCUCGUGAGAUUGUGCUUGGCGGAGGCAAUGUACAUUGCAUCACCCAACAGCAACCAGCUUCGCCAUAAAUCUAAAGCUUCAAGUGCAGCAAUUGUUUUCAUUACCUCCAGUGUAGUGAGUCAUAACUUCCAACCACUCAAAAUUCACUCUCAUAUUUCUGUUGACUGUAUUUCUCUAUCUGCACUGUAUCUAAAUUGAGUAGAUUAAAUCUGUAAGGUUGAGCAUUUGGAUGAUGCAUCUCAAUUUUGAGAUUCAUAUUAUGUUACGAUAGAUGUAUGCAGAAAACUUGUGUGAGCUCUCCUUCACCAUGUGUACGAAGAAAUUCGACUCGUAUUGCGAUGUUGUGUAAGUGUCUCCAACCGUCAAUUAAUCUUGUCAUUGAUCUAUGAAAUAAAUGGAUAUGGUUAGUUCAUAUUUU